AUGCCAUCCAACAAAGAUCGCCUUUAUAUUACGCUCUACGCUCGCGGUGGAGCACCCACUAUGCCGAACAAAGAAGACACGUAUCACUGGGCACUUCUAAUGGGUCCCAAAGAGGAGGUCGAGGACGGCGUGGGCGUGCGCUUCCAUGCAAAAGAGCGCACAACAGGGCCUAAUACGUCGACAUGGGUCUUCGAAGAAAAGGAAUCUCUUUUGACGCCGACUUCGAUGCUGCUUGUGCGAGUGAUGAUAGCCAAAGUGGAAAGGAAGGAUCGAUUCAUGUCCGUUGUUCGAAACACACCGAUCAGGGAAGGCGUAACGGGAUGGAACUGUGUUGGAUGGGUGCAGGAAGCGUUGCAGCAUCUGGAAGCAGAUGGGAAAGCUCUGGGAACAGGCGUGACUGAGUGGACAAAGGUCAGGAACGCCGCAAUGGAAUACUGCCAGCGGAAGAAGGACGAGCAUCGUUUCGAUGGACUAGGGAACUAUGAUAUGAGAAAAGCGCCCACGUAUGACUUGAUCGAAAGGAAAGAAACGAUUCCGUAA